GGCCCACCUGGCUUGCCUGGCCUGAAAGGAGAUCCUGGUUCCAAAGGAGAGAAGGGACACCCUGGUUUAAUUGGCCUGAUUGGACCUCCAGGAGAACAGGGGGAAAAGGGUGAUAGGGGUCUUCCUGGCCCACAGGGAUCUCCUGGAGCCAAGGGUGAUGCAGGAAUUUCUGGUCCUGCUGGUCCGCUUGGACCCCCUGGUCCUCCUGGUUUACCUGGUCCCCAAGGUCCAAAAGGUUCCAAAGGAUCCAGCGGUCCUGCUGGUCAAAAGGGUGACAGUGGCUUACCUGGUCCACCUGGUCCUCCAGGUCCUCCGGGUGAGGUUAUCCAGCCACUGCCAAUCCAGUCACCCAAAAAAACAAGAAGAUCUCCUGAUUACAUGUUAUCUGAUGCUGGUGAUAAUAUUCUGGACUAUUCUGAUGGCAUGGAAGAGAUCUUUGGUUCAUUGAAUUCACUGAAGCAAGACAUUGAGCAUAUGAAGUAUCCAAUGGGCACUCAGAAUAACCCAGCCCGAACUUGCAAAGACUUGCAGCUCUGCCACCCAGACUUCCCAGAUGGGGAAUAUUGGAUUGAUCCUAACCAGGGCUGUUCUGGAGACUCCUUCAAAGUAUACUGCAAUUUCACAGCAGGUGGGGAAACUUGCAUCUACCCAGACAGGAAAUCUGAAGGAGUUAGAAUUUCGUCAUGGCCAAAGGAGAAUCCAGGAUCUUGGUUUAGUGAAUUUAAGCGAGGCAAACUUCUUUCCUAUUUGGAUGUUGAAGGCAAUUCCAUUAAUAUGGUCCAAAUGACAUUCCUUAAACUACUGAGUGCCUCUGCCAGACAAAACUUCACUUACAACUGUCAUCAGUCUGUGGCUUGGCAUGACGCAUUAUCUGACAGCUACGACAAAGCGCUAAGGUUCUUAGGAUCAAAUGAUGAAGAAAUGUCUUAUGACAACAACCCCUACAUCAAAGCUCUUCAUGAUGGCUGUGCGUCAAGAAAGGGCUAUGCAAAGACGGUGAUCGAAAUCAACACACCCAAAAUAGACCAAGUGCCUAUAGUUGAUGUGAUGAUCAAUGACUUUGGUGAUCAGAACCAGAAGUUUGGAUUUGAGGUCGGUCCUGUCUGCUUCCUUGGUUAAGCAUAAGACAAAAUCAGAUCAACAAAAAUGUUGCACUUUGGUGCUACCAACCCACUUCAUGCCACAUGCAAGUUUUGAAUAAGGAUGGCAUAGAAAAUAUGUCUUGCUGUGUAUGUAUGUCCUAGAAAGUAAUGUUUGCCCUUGUAGGGCCAGAAUCACAUGACUUAAACUUAUUUUGCAAAGAUGCUGUGGCACAGAAAGACAACAUCGGGCUCACUUUAGGAAAAACCCCCUGCCCCCUUUGGAUUCCUUUGGUGCUGUAAAAAAAAAAAAAAAAGAAUGAUAUGGUGCUCCUUCCAUUACAACAAAGAGGUGUUAAGAAAGUGUUUAUUAAACUGUAAUUAUUCUAUGUACAGUACUAUACUGUUAUUUCUCUGUCCAUUUCCAAAACUUGCAUGUGUCUCUGAAUUGCAUCUGGCUCUUAUUUUAUAAUUACAAAACUACAUUGUCAAUAUUGUGUAUGUAUUCUCAAAAAAUAAAGCUGCAAUUGCCAGUGAAGUCAAUUCCAAUUUCUGAUUAAUAAUAAAAUCCCUUUGUAUAUAUUGUUGUUGAAGAGCUUUGUCAUCUGAAGUCACCAACAAAACUUAAGGUGGCAAAAAUGGAAGAUCUUGAGCAGCACACUCAAACAAUUCUUUUCUGCUGAUAUCAUUCUGUGAUAAUGAAUUUCAAUAAUGGAAGUACAUUCAAAGGUGCUGUGUUCCACGGUGCUAUACCUCAGACUUCUUAUUUUCUUUCCUAAUUUCAUAAGAUACCUGUAUAUACCUAAAAUAAACAAGUUUAUAUUUUUGGGUGGGG